CUGUUCAUGUUGUCUGAGAUAAAAAAAACGAAUGGAUUAUUAUUCAGUAGAUCUGCGGCUAUCGUCCCUACCAAAUAUAAUCAAUUUCAUUAAAAACAAAAAAAAAUAUCGAACUUCAAAAAAAAAAUCACGAAAAUCUCGUUCUUUUUCGUUACAAAUCGUAUAAAAAAAAUAUGAAGAUAUUGUCGAAAAUAAACAAUUGUGGUAGGGACGAUAACUAUAAAUGAGUAGAAGAACAUAUGUAAAUUUUAAAGCAAUCGGUGGAAUAUUUUUUCUUGUAGGACCUUGACCGUUUCAGAAAAUGAUGAUUCGAGAAAAACGCGUUUAAAGUUUAAAGCCUGGUAGACAAUCGCUUAGGACACGUCGGCGACUAUGUCCUGUAACUUAUCAAAUACUAUGAAUUUCGGUAUGAAUUUUUCACAGCAUGUUAUCAAUAGGUUUUACUGUCGAAAUAUAUAAAAAAAAAAACGAUUUUUGGAAGUGAUCACAUGAGAGUAAACCCUUAACCCAGAGCGAAUAAUUUAAACGAAUUGACUCACCAUUAAAUCUAGGCGUACACGCCUGCCCUAUCCCUUCAUUCUCGAUUUAACCAACUAUUCACAGAUGACUUUAACUCUUACACCUUAUCGCUUCGAUUCGCAGAUCGCGACUGAUCGAGCCCGUCGAUGUGAUCUGAUGGGGAACAACCGGGAGUCUCCGCCCUAUUUCCCGAGGUCCCCCCGAAAUUUUCCGAAGGGCACCGAGUAGUGUCACCCUCUCUAGCCUAAUUAUUUCAACCUCAGUCCUAGCUCUCCCUUUUACCGACCGGGUUCUUAAUAGCCGGGUUUAUUCAAAUGCCCGUAAGAUUAACUAAGGGUGAACCCCACAAAAACUACCGCAUGACUCGUAUUUUGGCCCUUCUUCGCGAUAAUUUUUGGGGGCCCACAAAACUCAUACUUGGGUCGGUAAAGGCAAGUAAACUCCUUAAUUAACCACCCGAGGGUGGAGGAGAAGAUAUUCUAAUGCUUAUGGACCCACAACAAUCAUCGUACGUGACAUUAUAAAUAAUUAACAAAACCGACCUUUCGGAAAUGUAAAAAAAUUAUUAAAACAAUGAAUAAUUGAAGAGUGACUUCAUCUCAUGUUAUUUCCGUCAACUCAUUUGCGAUGAAAAUUCCCCCGUCUUCACCAAACACUCCACGUCAACAUUUUAAUGACUAAUAAUUAUUUCUUUAUUGUUUUCCAUUUGAAAAUAUUUAUUUCAUCAGAAAAAUCUGGACUUAAUCGAUAACAUUCAAUCGAACGAACAUUUCACGUGCCAGAUAUUGUCAUUAUCGUUAUGUUUGGACAAUUAAUGACAUAUUUGUCCGUUUAAAAAGUUAAUGACAUACAACAACCCGUGGGGAAGGGGCAGUGUUUCAGUCAUAUAAAUACGGCUAAAGUUCUUUGUUGUAAUUAUAAUUGUGAAAGCCAUUGCGGAGUAUUUACGAUAGUUCAAGAUGAAGUCCUUGGAGUUGAUCGUCACCAGUGUCCUGAUACUCCACAUCCUGAAACCUUCUGAUGGCAUAUUCCAACCUAGCAGACAGCUUUGGAACGUAAUAUCGAACCUUGAGUAUCUCCACAAGAGCGAUCAUCCUUGCGGUCCUCCGGAAGUCCUAAUCCCGAUGUUGAAAGGCAAAGACCCGGUGAAACCUUCUCAACUCGGAAUGUUGAUGGUCCACAUGAACAGCCUAGACAUAACCGAUCCCCCGAACCUGGAUUCGAUCUUCGAUUCCCUCAAAAAUCUGAUGGGUCAGGUAAGGACACCCUCCGACGUAUUUGCUUACAACGCGUGGAAGUCCCGACUAGAAGUCUACGUGUCAACCAUCAACGCCCACUACGACCGCUUCACGACCCUCCGGAAGGACCAGGGGCCCGUUAAUGUUGACGACUGGAUGGCCCUGGCUACCGACAUCGAGGAGACCAUGCCCUCCAACCUGACCGCCUUCCGCGCAGAACUUCUGAACCGCCGAAAUCAACCAGGGGACCCUCCCCUUCUGACGGACCUCGUCCACUCGAGCGCCCGCGUGAUGACCACUCGCUGCACGGAUGCCUUCGCCAUGAAUGGGUUUUUCAAUCUGCUUUCGAACCUGGUGUUUAUGACACAGUUGAAGGCUACGGUUCCCCAAAUUUUUGCGUCAUUACUGCGAAACUGUAGUGGCACUGUCAGGAAAAAUAACCUGAAUAGGCUGGCCAUCCAGCACAAAUACGGAUACCUACAAAUUGUGAGAGGUCUGAACGACGCCCUAACAUUUCUCCCCGAGAGUUUGGUCCCAUGUUAUUCAUCCAAUGAGGGCCCUAUUCGAAGUCAGGAUUACUAUGAGCUAGAGAUCUCAGAGCAACUCACAGUUCAACAAUUUCCGGAUCGUGAGGGCCACAAGAGCUGUUCAGCAGCUCAGCAGGCCCAAUCGCUGACGAUUCAGUCCCCGCGUGACGUUUGUAACGGCACUUUAUAUAAUUGCGAAUAUUCUGAGUGGCUAGAGGCGUGUCGACUGGAGAAUAUUACGAAGCGGUAUGAGUGGAUUAAAUCAGCACAUGGAAAUUAUGGUGAAAUUUUGGAGGAAUGUCCUGGUGGGAGUAUUUUUUACUAUAGAAAGGAGAGGAAUCCUCUCAUAGGUCAUUGUGUUUGCAAGUGUCAGGAGAAUGUUAAUCACAUAAGUGUUACACCAGCCAUGACGGAUAAAGCGGAUAUGGUUGUAACUGGUUUUCGAUUUGUUUUUGAAAACGGAGUUCUUUACCUACAAGCGAAACAAGGAAAGUUGCUUCCUGGUGAGAAAAUUGAUCCUACAACGGUAGAGUGGAUUCCCUUACCAAAGAAUCCAGAGUUGGUACCGUUGAAUUCCCAAAACAGCAAUUUUCAUAUCGGUGACGUAAUGGCCGACAUGAGUGCCGCGCCAGUUGGAAUUUCAUUCGUCGAAAGCAACAAUAGCUUCUACCUUCAGAUGUAUGUGCGGCCGUAUGUGUUCUAUCAAAGCAUAUACGGGAGCAACACUCGCGCGGUUCGUCCUGUCCAUCGAAAUCAGCCCGAGACAUAUGUCAAAUUUCAAUUGUCUAAUCGAGGGGAUAAGACAGGAGGAUCAGUGUUACCAUUGCUGAAUGCUAAAGCUGCUGAGACUGACCCACCAGUACUAUUGGGGGGCCUUGGAAUUGCAUACGAUACCAGAUUUGGGGGGAUAAUUUCGCCGCAAAUUAAGGGCUUUGAUUACAAUGGUAUAUUUCAGAAAAUUGAGGAUGGAACACUUUAAAUAUAAGAUGUACGCAAAUAUUCUACAAUUGCGAUAGUGAUUGAUUAAAUAAAUAAAUAUUUUCU